UCAGCAUGAAUAUUGAUGGAUGGGAAGCAAUGUUGUUCAUUGGAAUCAAUGCUGCCAUUAGCGUACGAGUCUCAAAUGAGCUUGGGUUAGGGCGUCCCAGGGCUACCAAAUAUAGUGUAUAUAUUGCAGUGUUUCAAUCACUCCUCAUUGGGAUAUUCUGCAUGAUAUCAGUACUAGCAGUAAGAAAUCAUCUGGCCAUUCUUUACACAAACAGCAAGGAUUUGCAACGAGCCGUUGCUGACCUUGCUUGGCUUCUCGGAAUAACUAUGGUUCUUAACAGUGUUCAGCCUGUAAUAUCAGGUGUUGCUAUUGGAGGUGGAUGGCAAGGUUUAGUGGCUUAUAUCAAUUUGGGAUCUUACUAUGUUUUUGGUAUUCCUCUAGGAUAUACGCUUGGUUAUGUCGCUAACUUUGGAGUCGUGGGUCUAUGGGGAGGAAUGAUAGCAGGACUUGCUUUGCAGACACUGCUACUCUCAUUUGUACUCUAUAGAAUCGAUUGGAAUAAAGAGGUUGAGCAGUCUGCAGAGCGCCUACGCAAGUGGGGAGGUCAAGACUUUGAAUCUGAGAAAACUCUUAUUUCAGAGCCUACGAAGGAUUUACCAUAAGACUAACAUUUUGUGGUGACAUCAAAGGA